AACGACGACGACGGACGCCGAGAAGAGGACACGCAAACUCGGACGAUGUCUCUCGCACGCCAGAUCCGCAACGCCCGCGUGGCCGGCCUGAAAAAGUACUGGCGGGACCUGCAGUACAUUGGCGACGCCAAGGCGGGCACCUUUGUCGGCGCCGACGCCCUUGGUAACAAGUUCUACGAGGACCUCAACGAGCAGCCCGGCCGGCACCGCUGGGUCGACUAUGCGGGCCACGACAGCAACGCGUACGCCAUCGAGCCCGUCUGGCACAGCUGGCUGCACCACAUCAAGCAGGAUCCGCCCAACAAGGACCCCAUCGUUGCCGCCAGCCGAAAGACGUGGGAGAUUCAUCGUUCAGGACCUAUUCUACGACAAAGUCGCCAAAGAUUUGAGACUGAUUGCAGAGUUGCGGUGCAGAACGCCUGGGAGCCAACAAUUGCUUCUCGACAAUAGAUGUUGGCAGCCACACUCCCACUCGAUGCUCUAAUGAAUUCUCAUUUCCUUUCAUUAUAAAA